CAUAGAUUAAAGAUGAAUAAAGUGUUUUGAGGCAUUACUUCCUCCAAGUUCUUUAAUCUAUUGGGUAAUUUCAAUGUAAAUUAUUCGUAUCAAGUGUGAUAGUCGUCAGACACCCUCUAUCUUUUUAAUGCUACUCGUUAUGUUUCAGUGCGUGAGACAAAAAUAAUACAUAAAUUUAUUAUAGAGUGUCAUUAAAUUAAUUAAUAAUCAAUCUACAUCAUAUGUAUUUCAAGCUGGAAUCAACGUUUAUCGAAUAAUUGGUAUUUUUAACUAAUUUAAAUUCACAAACAUUGCUUAUUCAUUGUCUUGAUUGGUAGCCAAUACUUGAAGACAUAAUACUUUCCAAUACAUUACAAUUAAUUAAUCAAUUUGUACUAUUGCUUGACUCCUGUCUUGUAUUUGUUUUAGUAUAAAAAAUAAAUACAAGCAAAUGGCAAUACAUUUAACAAAAUUUUCCAUAUAGAACUUUUAAUUACAAAUCAUUAAUUUUGUCAUAAAAAAAUAAGUUGUAAUAUAUUUAUUGCCUAGUUUUUUGUGUAUAUCGUUGAAAAUUUAAUACCUCCAACUUUUAGACUCAUAUUUCCCUCACUUAUUCGUCCCCUUAUUUUUUUUUUAAAUUUUAUGUUUAGCUAGUAAAGCUUAUUCUCAGCUUGAUAAACAUAUGAACCUGGCACAGACAAAGCUCAUUUCUCAGCAGCACUCAACAGUAUGAAACGGACUCUUGAUGUGGGUAGAACGUGACAAAUGUCUUAAUAUAUAUUAUAAUUAUGACAAUAAAAGUAUUUUUAUGAAAAAAAUUUAUAUCUAUCAAACGUUAACGGAAGUUGUUAUUCAUAAAUAAUUAAUAUUGUUAUUAUAAAAUGAAAAAAUUUUUAAAUUAUAUUAUUAUUUCAUUUGUAAUUUUUUGUGCAACAAAAUUAGUGUAUUGUUUAACAGAAGAUGAAGACAAACAUGAUGAUUGGAUUGGUAGAAAUUGUUGUCAUCUUGCUCAAUAUUCAAGAUGUAAAACAUUUUGUCAUAAAUCUGAAUCAACUGAGGAUUUACAAGGUUUUUGUCGACUAAGUGAUGAGCCAGAACUUUAUACUUGUCUUGAACGUAAAGAAGAUGGUGAACGUUGCUGUAGAAAUAUUGUCAAUGAAUCAUGUAAAACAUUGUGUCAAGAUUUUUUUGAUAAACCAGGAAAUUCAAGUAGCACAAAGAUCCACAAUAUUAAAGAUUGUUUUCAUCAAAUUCCAAAAUGUCUUAAAAAUAUUGCUGAAAAUUUAGGAGCUGAAAAUUCAAAACAAUAUGUACAUUGUUGCAAUGAGGCAAAAACAUUAGUCUGUCUUGAUGCAUGUAGAAAGACUUUACAUUCAUCAACAACAAUCAAAGAAAUACUUGAUGAACUUGAAAAUAAAUGUGAACCAGUAUUUCCUCAUUCACCAUUGUGGACUUGUAUUCUUCAAUCAGAACAAACUAAAACACCAAAUUUACCACUUGAUAUUGGUAAACUUAGUUGUUGUUCUCGUGCACAAAAUUCUAAUUGUCAAGAUAUUUGUUUACGAGCAUUUCAAUCUGACUGGGAAGUUGCAUGGAAUCAAUUAGAAUCAAUUUGUUUGUCAUCACCAAAUGGAGAAGAAUUACGAAGAUGUUUAGAAGAAGCUGAUGAUCCUUGUGAAAUUGGAUGUUCUGGUUUGUCUUAUUGUGGAAAAUUCAAUGACAGAUCAACGACAUUAUUUAGAACUUGUUCAGCCAAUGCUGAUAGCAUUGCAAAAUGGGAAUCAGAAAAAUGGCUACAAGGUGGUUUAAUUUCAGGAUUUGGAACUUCAAUACGUGUUCAUCCAUCAUGUCCAACUGAAAUUUUACAAGCUGUUGCAUGUUUUUUUCAAAUAAGACCUUGUGAAUCAACAAUACAUGAAUCUCGUCUUUGUCGUGAUGAUUGUAUUCAUUUAAUGACAAAUUGUAUUGAUUGGUCAAUAACAAAUUCAUCUGAAUCUGUAAAUUCUUUGUGCUCAAAACUUUCACCAUCACGACCAGACGUGCCUUGUGUGUCAUUUAGAAAUUUCAUUGAAUCAUCUGAAACAGAUAUUUAUUUGAAAAAUGAUAUAACAACACCUUGUAAAAAUAAUCCAUGUGGUAACAAUGAAGUUUGUAUUGUUGAGCCAAAUAUUGAUAGUAAAUUUUAUUCAUGUGUACCAUCAUGUUCACUUGGUAAAAUGUCAAAAUUAUCUGUACCUAUAAAAACUUGGAUUCAAGUACCAAGAAUAGAUCAAUUUGGUUGUUUAAGAAUUUGUCAAUGUACACUAAAAGGAUUAGAAAAAUGUCAAACUUUAAAUUGUUAUAAUCAAAAUUCAUGCUGGGUUCAAGAUCGUUUUGUUGCACAUAGAACAAAUUUUUAUCUUGAUUGUCAAUCAUGUCAUUGUUUUGAAGGUGAAAUUACUUGUUCUAAAAAAAAUUGUUUAGAAUUAAAAAAUUCUGGAUUACCAUGUGCUUGUUCUAGUUAUUAUAAACCAGUUUGUGGAAGAACAGGUAUAACAUAUGCAUCAGCUUGUUUAGCUAAAUGUUCUGGUCUUACACAAGAUGACAUAACACUUGGAAGUUGUUCAUCAAAAGAUCCUUGUAAGCCAAAUCCUUGUAAUAAUAGAGAAAGAUGUUUUAAAAAAACUCGUGUAUGUCUUUCAUCAAUUUACAAACCUUGUAAACAAUUUGAGUGUAUACCUGAAAAUUGUAAACAUAAAGAAAUAUAUUCUGGACCUGUUUGUGAUAGCAACAAUAAAGAGCAUUCAUCAAUUUGUUCAUUAAUUAAAUCACGUGCAACUUUAUCAUACAGAGGACAUUGUCUAAAAAAUUGUAGUCUUCAAGGUCCUGUUUGUGGAAUUAAUGGUGAAGUUUACAUGUCAGAGUGUGCUGCAUGGGCUGAAAAAACAGUUGUUGAUUAUUAUGGUAAUUGUGUUGCUGUUGGAUUUAAUAGAGAUGAGACAAAACAAGUAUGUGGUAAUAUUGUUAAAUGUCCAAGCUUAAAAACAUCUAGAUGCAUUGGAACAAUACCACCUGGAGCUUGUUGUCCUGUUUGUGGUGGAGCUGGUAGAAUUUCUUAUUCAAAAAAACAGUUGGAUAGAAUUUAUUAUAUGAUGGAAGAAGAAGCUGAUAGAGAUACUGUUACACUUGAUGCAUUAUUAAGUGCUCUUGGACGUCAGCUUGAAAUUCUUCAGUGUAGUUUACGUGGAAGUGUUACUAUUGAAGGUGAUAUAUUUAUAUUAACACAACCAACAACAAUGUAUCCUUCAAAACUACAGCAAAAAGCUUGUAUAAUUGAAAUGGAAAAAAUCAUCACUAGAAUAUCAGAAAGAAGUCCAAAAAUUAUAUCAGAAGUACCACUAAGUUCACUGAGAAGAGCAGAAAAUAUUCACGGUUAUAUUUCAUCAGCAAUUCAUUGGAAAUCAACAACACCAGUCUUGUUGUUAUUGUUAUUUUUUUUAGUCUUGUAUAAUUAGUAAAAAAAAAGAAAAAAUUAGAAUACAAAUUGUUUGUUCAAG